AUGUCGUGCCGUCCGCUGCAGCUGCUGCUCACUGUGUUGCUCACCGCCGCGCUCACCGCUGCCGCUGCCCAACGACGACUCUACUACAUGGUCGACUCAAACGACUCCGCAGGACUACGCGUACCAUUACAGGACGAUCUCCAGUCCAUCGUCUCUCAGUUACUCACCAGGGUGAACGACAACAAUUCAGAGGCUCGACAUGUGCGCAAACAAAUCUUUUCAAGGAAGUUUUGGAAGAGAUGA